CUUACUUCUCAUUCACAACCUAUAUAUACACCAAAUCCUAACUUCAAACCCUAAUUACCUUCAUAUUUCUCUACAAAAUCCAAAGCAUCAUAUCAUAAAUUUUUGCAGAUUCAAUGAUGUUUCAAUAUAUUGAGAAUGAGUACGUGGCUGAGCUCGACGCCAUCAGAAGACAUUUGCUCGACGAAUGCGCAGCCGACAUGGGGUGGCUGCCGCCGCCUCUAGUCAAGCCUGAGCCCGAGCCUCAGCUAUCCUUCCAAGCACUGGCGGCGCCGCCGCAAGAGGCGCACUACAGAGGGGUGCGGCAGCGGCCGUGGGGGAAGUUCGCGGCGGAGAUACGAGACCCGGCAAAGAAUGGGGCGCGGGUGUGGCUCGGAACUUACGAGACGGCGGAGGCGGCGGCCUUGGCCUAUGAUCAGGCCGCCUACGCCAUGCGCGGCUCGAGGGCGAUGCUCAAUUUCCCGUUGAGGGUAAACUCGGGCGAGCCGCCGCCCGUUAGAAUUACGUCCAAGAGGUCCGCCGCUUCUUCAUCAUCUUCAGACAGCGGGUCGCCGCCGCAGAAGAGGAAGACGGCGGCGGCUGGUGGACUCAAAAAGAGGCGAAUGCCAGCCGGCUCACAAUAACGAUCGAGGACAAACAUCUCUUGUUUUGUUUUUUUCUCAAUUUUAUAUUCUUUAUUUCUUUUCUCAUUCCAGUGUUAAAAUUCUGUGAUCUUUUUGUCAAUAAAAGUACUACUUUUUUGUCUUAA